AUGGUCGAAGAAUAUCACGGAUACGCUGUCUUCGACAAAGGAAGCGACCUAAGACCAUACUCCUACAUUCCCAAACCAUUGGGCGAUGAGGACCUUGAGGUGGAAAUUUCUCAUUGUGGUAUCUGCGCGAUUUGCAUACUAUGCACUCUGGUUGGCGCCCAACUCGGUACCCCGUGUACAACCGGUUACGAUCAAUUGUGCUCAAAGAAAGUAUUCACUUAUAACGAUAUGUGGAAAGACGCCGGGGGUAAUCCCAUCGGAUACCAAACUCAGGGAGGUUACGCUGACAAAAUUCGUACACAUUCCAAUUUCGCAUUCCACAUCCCGGAAGCAAUCAAGUCGGUCGAAGCUGGGCCAUUGUUUUGCGCUGGUGUAUCUACCUUCGUUCCUUUGAAACGUCACAAUGUUGGACCGGGAUAUAAAGUUGGUGUCUCCGGCAUCGGCGGUUUGGGUCAUAUGGCAAUUCAGUGGGCGGCGAAGAUGGGUGCCGAAGUAACAGCUAUUUCGCACAGUAUCGAGAAACGCAAUGAUGCCAUUAAACUAGGUGCCACUCACUUUUUGGAUACCUCGGAUCCGAAGGAGGUCGAAAAAUUCGCUCAAUCUCAAGAUAUUGUCUUCAUGACCUCGUUCAAUCCCGACAUCAAUUGGUCGCAAUAUUUAGGCUUCGUCAAGAACCGAGGCACUCUUAUCUUGCUUGGUCUUCCGGAAGUCCCAAUUCAAUUUUCUCCAUUUGCCCUCAUGCGUUUCAUAAAAAUUGAGGGCUCAUUGAUCGGAGGGCGUCAAGAUAUUAAGGAUAUGUUAGAAUUUGCGGCCAAGCAUGAUGUCAGACCCUGGGUCCAAAGAGUUCCCAUGAAAAAUAUCAACGAAGGUGUUCAAAUUGUGCUCGAUGGGAAGGCGAGAUACCGAAUGGUAUUGGAAAAUUAA